AUGGCAGACGACACAAAUAAUGAGGAGUUGAUACUCACGCAAUACUUCCAAGACCAAUUCCACGUCCCUACUCCAGGAUGGUGGGAAGAAGCUAAUCUAGCUUUCCAAACAUUGCAGAAACUUCUGGAUCCAGGCCUUGCGGGUCCAGAAGAGGACCUUGAUAGCCAAGAUCAAGGAGGUAUUCCAAGCGCUCGUCGUGCUCGCAUUGGCGCCCUUCCAAAGCUUGUCUGUUUUGCUACUGAAAGCCACGCCAUACAGUGUACGACAAGAAACGAAACAUUGAAAUGCGUGGUUUUUGGAACCAUUUCGGCAAGUUUGUUUAUAGAUGUCUUUUGGGAGGCAAUCCAAAAGGCUCAAGUUGAGUAUCCGGAUGCGAAUAUUAUUGUGUCAUCGGUUCAGCCAGGCGCACAUCCAUUGUUUAUUAUACGAAUCAAUAGCUUCGCUUUUGAGGUUAAAUAUGGCUGUUGCGAGCCAUUUGUGAGAAGAAUCCAUAAACAAUUGCCUCAAAGUAUUCCACUAGCGGCCCUCCAAUACUGUGACGAGUGGUCGUCAAAACAAGCCAUUAGAAUUCUUUGGUUGACCGAUUUCGCUCAAAAGUUCAGAAUAGACAACACUCUACACCAUGUCUACCACUACAUCAGAGCCUGGGCAACGGUUCAAGGACUUUAUGGAAGCUCUAAUAUUGGCAGUCUUACCUCCAUUUCCAUCAUCACCCUUUUACGGCAUGCUUUAUCUUCAAAUUCCGAACCGCGUAAUGUGAGACCCAAUACUACAGAGACUUCAGAUCAAAAAUGGGAAAAUUCGAUAAUCGCCUCCCUAUCAUCGGGCAUUGGAUCAAAAUCAUUUCAAGAGAACCUCGAUUUCAAGACUACAAUCCGUCGAUUUUUGACCUACUAUGGAAGAGUUCCAGAAAUUGACCUAACGCCCUAUUACAUGGAAUGUGGUACCGGUCUCUUCAACGAUGACGAAGAUGAACAUCUAACCGAAAACCAACUCACUCAAUGGACCAACAUCUAUAAUCUCUAUCAUCUUCAAAAUGUAGAUAGAUCAACCCUCGAACUUCUCUACCUAAAAUUCCAGCUCAUGCAUUCCAUCAUCGAAAGUAACCCCACAGAAAGUUAUCCCCAUUUUUCAUAUUGGAAAAAUCUUCUCGCGAGUAUUCAACAACAAGAUGUGUCUGCUAAACUUGUGGGUGAAAAUAUCAUUCAGAUAGAUUUCGUGUAUUCAGGUACCUCCUCGCUGGAAUGUGGAAGAUGGUUGGAUAUGCUUGGUGAUAGAUUGGUGGAAUUGAAGAGUUCUCUAACAACCCUCACAUCUUCAUCUUCACCCUCAAUACUCCAUCUAUGGCCCCAACCCCUAGUCGAUCAAGAAGCAGAUGAUUCCUCUCCCUUCUACGAAGGAUGUUUUCUCCUCGGUCUGACCAACAUCGACUCUCCAGAUCUCAACCCUACCCUCGAAAAAUGGCUUUCCUCACUCCAGAAAGACAAAUCCACACCCCCAAAUCAAAAAGGUUAUCUAUUCUACACCAUACAUACCUCAUCGUCAGAAAAAUUCCAUCUCCAUCUCCGUCCCAGCACCCGUACAUUCCAUCCCCCCUCCAUCACCCCACCCAACAUCUCCCUUCCAACUUUCUCCCCCACCCCCUCUGCAACUCCAACCCCAACCCCAACACCCUUCCCCCUCCCCACACAAAAAUCCCCUCCCCUCCGCACCGCAAAAGAUAUUCUCCACCGUCUCCUCCACGACCCCUCCUACUCCAUCGAAAACCACCUGAUCGGCUAUCGUGAUCGCCACGCCGGCGUCAUGUUUAAAAAUGCUUCUGACUGGAAACUCGAUACCAUGGACGAGGAAUGGAUUCCGGAACACAAGAUUUUGUACUUCAUCCAAACCCUGCCCGACAAGAACAAAAAAAGAUUCAUCUGGCACCGCGAACAAAAGCUCGAUCUCCUCUUCGGAAGCGGCGGAUCCCUUUCGCGCUGGGGAAUCAACGGAGAGAAAUUCAACAUCGAGGUUCCUGGAUGUGUCUGA